GUCAAAUGUCAUUGUCAUUUAGAAACUGCAAAAAAAGAGAAGCCGAUGUUUCUUUUUUCCCCCUUUAUUCUCACAGCACAAAUAAAAGGUUGUGAAAGGGGAAAUCUUGAAUUAUUUUUUUAAAACUUCGGGGAGCAUGGUCCUGUCAUAACCAUAAGCCGCUGCCUGAGAUCUGCCUGUGGGCGGGAACAGGAAACAAUAAUAAGCUGUGACUUAUUUUUUUUUUUCAGGUUCAGCUCAAAGUCUAUUGAUUCCAAUUAGCACAUUUUGUGCCUCAGCUAGUAGCUCCCUGUUAGCUCUGCUUGGAGAGUUUUUUUUAGACUCCAUCCUGCUCACAAACACUGCCACCUCCUCCCGCCUUCUCUCUUUACAAAUGUUACCCCACAAUCAGAAAUUUCCUCUUUUCUUUCCUUCCUGCAUUUUCAGCAGGUUCCUUUGCGUCAGAAGACAAGAAAGAAAACUCAAGGUUUGUUCACCAUGAGUCGGAGACGGAUUUCCUGUAAAGACCUGGGGCACGCGGACUGCCAAGGGUGGCUCUAUAAGAAAAAAGAAAAGGGAACUUUCCUCAGCAACAAAUGGAAAAAGUUCUGGGUGGUGCUGAAGGGAUCUUCUCUCUACUGGUACAGCAGUCAAAUGGCAGAGAAAGCUGAUGGAUUUGUCAACCUGCCUGAUUUCACUGUGGAAAGAGCAUCUGAAUGCAAGAAAAAGCAUGCUUUUAAGAUCAGCCACCCACAGAUCAAGACCUUUUAUUUUGCCGCUGAGAAUUUGCAGGAAAUGAAUGUGUGGUUAAACAAACUCGGGCUAGCUGUAAUCCACCGGGAAUCCACUCCAAAGGAUGAAGAAUGUUACAGUGAGAGUGAACAGGAAGAUCCGGAAACAGCAGGGGAGACACCACCUCCUACUCACUCUUCAGAGACUCCGUCCCCUUUGGCAUCUACAUCCUCACCCAAACCAAGUGAGACAUCACACGCUUCCUCUUCCUUGGAGAAUGUAACGACGACAACCCCUGGUGGAUCAUCUUCCUCCUGCCCUAGAGAGAGGCAGUCCUGGAUUGCUAUCGUCAACAGUUCCACUGCUGAAUCUGUAGGACAAUCUCUGACGUUAGCUGUGCAGGUUCACUCACCUGCACCCCCAGAAGCAAACAGUCACCAGGCCCCGGAAAACAGUCUUGUCACAUCAGAAAGUGGAUUUUUGAACUCUUUAUCCAGUGAUGACACUUCUUCAUUGAGUAGCAACCUAGACCAUCUCACUGUCCCGGAAAAGCCUGCCGGAUCGAAGACAAGAGACAAAGAUGAAACAAAAGUGUCUGAAGAUGAUGAGAUGGAGAAGCUCUAUAAAUCAUUAGAGCAAGCAAGUCUAUCUCCUCUUGGGGACCGACGCCCUUCGACCAAAAAGGAGCUGAGAAAGUCCUUUGUUAAGCGGUGCAAAAACCCCUCCAUAAACGAGAAACUCCACAAAAUCCGAACACUGAAUAGCACGUUAAAGUGCAAGGAGCAUGACUUGGCCGUCAUCAACCAGUUGCUGGAUGAUCCGAAGCUGACCGCCAGAAAGUACAGGGAGUGGAAGGUGAUGAACACGCUGCUCAUCCAGGAUAUCUAUCAGCAGCGUGAGGCCACGUCGACCCCCGAAGGCACCACCGAGGACCACAAAGAGCCUCCCUCCUCAGCCCGUGUGGAAAAUUCUAUUUGAGAACGGGCCCUUGUGACUUAUCCCAAGCAACUCUUCCGGAUUUUGCAAGAGGAGCCAUUUUCUUUUUCUUGUAAAGGAAGACUGAAGCCCAGUUCCUCCUCAAGUAUUAUUGUCCAGCUCUGACAAGGCAACUAAGGCGACCCCAGAGAAGUGGAGCUCAGGGUGAGGCUCUUUCGUGGAGCCCCGUGGGAGGGAUAGAGGCUGUUUGGAGAGACGUUAUGUUCCGAUGGGGAGCUCGUGUCAUGGGAUGUGAGGACUGUCUCUUCUGUUCACUGUUCUCAAGAAAAUCCUCUCACUCUCUGAACAAAGGACUGCCUUCACCGGGGAUUAUUAUUCAUAGAAAUAUUCCAUUUUCCCAAAGAAGAAUAGAGACACAUAUUCUGCCUGCUGGGAGAGUUGAAUUCUCUAAGCUCUCCGUUGAGUGUUUUUCUCAAGCAACGCCUGGAACAGGACUUGCGGAAUUGUCCUGCUUUGGGUCUGGAAUGUUGGUGCCUUUCCCAUGUCUUGAGAGAGCUACUUACUAGCAAGUUGUGCAUGGGAAAGCCCAUGAGGAACGUCUUCUGGAUUCCACUCAAAGGAUAGCUCCAUGGUUUCGUGUUCAACCCAGUGGUGAUGCAGAAUCUGAUUAGUGUUUCCUAAAUAUAGCAGCUAAACAUAGCUUUUUCAUUAAACCUGGAGACCUCCACCUCAUCCAGAUUUUAACUCCCCAGAGGAAACAAUAAGUCCAAUAAGGAAAGUUUGCUCUUUGUCCUCACGUGGUACAAACGCACCUCAUGAAUUUAUACCCAGUUUCUCUGGGAGCAAUAUGGACACGAUGUUUAUGGCAUUUGAAUUGCUUUAAUGACGUGAGUCAAAAGCAACAACAACAAAGGAGCUAAGCUAGGAUUGUUUUAUUUUUGUAUGUCUAUGUGCUCUUUUGUGUCUUAUGUGAAUAGCUACAUAUAAUGUUAUUUAAGUAUAUUUAUAGAAGAUCAAAUUACUAGUGUUGAAAAAGAUGAUAUACUAUCAUAUGUUUUGCUUAGUAUAGAGCCUCAGAGUCUAUGAAUUUUUUGCUUGAGAAAAAUAGGAAUACUAUUGAUUCACUGGAAUUAUUAUAUUGCACUCUAAUGUAUGAGGAAUGCUCAGGAAAUUUUGUGGGAUAAAUGUCAGGCAUGCGUUAAUAAUCUUUCAUCUUCUCUGAUUUCCCUUUGUCUACCCAGAGAGCUUGGAGUUCUCUAUUAGUUAUAAUUCGCUCUGGGAUCAGCAAUGGACUUUCACUUUACAUUACUCCAUAGCAAACAUUUAAGCUUUAUUCCAUUUAUGCCCACAAGCCCCAAACCAAAUGAAACACAAAUCAUGUAGGUAUUUUUUUUUUGUCUAAAGACUAAUAGAAAUGUUGGGAUCUGUUGUUAAAAAGAACUCAAUACUGUAUUUGAGAAACAUUAUGAGAGUCUUCAUUUACUAAUCAUCAUGAACAUACUUCACCAUAAAAAUAACCACUUCCUACCCCAAACCCACGUUUUUUUUUUGCCUUAAGUAUGCAUAGAAGACUGUCAACAUAAUUGUUUGCUAGAGUCAGUGUGUGGCUUGACAUUCAAAUGGAAAUAACCCCCUAAAUCUUAUCUGCACAGUAAAUGGAAAUAGUUGUUGAAUAUUUCCUCUGCUAAGAAGUCUUAAUGCUUUGUAAAUAAAAAACAGCCUCAGCAGUGAGGAGGUAAACAACAGGAAGCUAGAUGUAGUACCCUCUGUACUUAACUUAUCUGUAAGAUAAGAGUCCAGGUCAGUUGGACCAGCAACAUUUCAGACCUCCUGCCAGAAGUGGGGUGUGAGUCAUGCAGAGAGGAUUGCCUGAGACUUGACACCUGAGGGGGGUCACUUUCAGGAUCCCAAACUGAGCCCCCAAACUGUUGGGUUGAGAAAGCAAAUGCUUGAACCUCUCAACUAAAUUUUAAUGGAUCAUUUCCCUAAUUAGCAGUGGUUAGGAUGGGUUGUUGUUUAGGCUUCACAAUGGAAAUCAGUGUUGAGGGAAGGAGAAAACAAUGGCGUGGCACGGACUCUCCUCCCCACCCACUUCCGCUGCUUCCCAACACUGGCCCCUGCACCCGGAAGUGGAAGUAGCUUUCCCGACACUGAAGUGUCCCAGGAGCUUCCGGCCAGGGCUUCUGAAUCCACUUGUCUGGCUUUGCAUCACUAUUCAUUAAACUGACUUCUAGGGCUCACUCCUGAGAACGCCUCCAACUCCAAGUCCCAGUUGCCCGGUGAAAUUGCUUACUCAAAUUCUCUCCCCAAGUCCAGAUGUAGUUUUGCUUCCUUGGCUCAAGUGGUGGCUUGGGUGAACCUGUCCGGUCAAGACCCAACUAACUGCACAGUUUUGCUCUUUCAGACCAGACCCUCCAGGGCUCCCCUCUGUGAUUGUUUCUGCUCUGUUCUAUUUUAUGCAGCAGGGGGCUGCUUCUACCUGGCCAUGAAGAGGAAGGUCAGAGGCCACAAGUUGUGAGAAAGCCAGGGUGACGGCUUCUGUGACAGAAGGUGUAGGGGCAAGACUGAUUUAUAACAGCUCCCAGCCAUUUUUCUGGUCCAAAGGCUAUUAGGAAAACGGGUUCAUUCCAGUUUAUUCCUGGGCAUGGGGACGUGUCUGAAGUAGAUUUUGUGUUGGUUCACGGGGUCAUGAGGGGGAACCCGUCACUCCAGUCUGAGGACUGUGGCCUGGCAGGAUAGUGGCCGGUACAGAAGGAAGUGGGAAAUCUGGGGACAUCCCGAGAUUUGGUUACCUGCUGGAAGUGACUUGGAUGGGGUCCGCACUGGACCCCGCUCUGAGGUUGCAGGGAGGCCUCAUCUCUCUGUCAUCAGCCGCAGACCCAAACUGGUACCUGAUAAAACACACCCCGAAUGGUCUGUCGCAGCCAUCCAGCCCACGGGGCCCGGCUUGGGCAGGAUCUGACUUAUCCUGCACUUACAGAGCGUCUGUGACCUGUCUUCCUUCUGCCCCGUCUCAGCAGGGCAUCUAAGCCGGGGCAGCAGAAAACGACUAAGACUCAGAAAGCCAAAGAGCGACAUGGGGCAUGGUGUCCAAUUUCAAGUGUGGAACCCAUGCCUUACAUUUCCCUAGAACUCUGUUGUGUGCCAUGGGUGGGUGUGUUUCGGGUCCUGGGAGCCCACACGGUGGUCUGUGUAGGACGAGUGUGGAUUAUCCGUGCUUCUUUCCACGGGGGAGGAGGAAACAGGCUCUGAGAAGUGGGGGUGUGGGAGGAAACGCAGGACAGAGCACAGCAUGCAAAUGUCCCUCCAUGUGACUCAGCCCCUCCCUCUACUUGAACUCCUGCUAGGGGCGCCCUGCAGUUUGCCUUGGACUGGCUGUUGGGCUCAUGGAAAGAGGGGCCUGAUCUUUGCAAUCAAAGGUGCAAGUGUAUGCUUAGUGAAAACAGCAAUCAGACUGGGAUUCCAGGUCCGAUGUGGGUUCCCAGGCGCUGAGUGGGGCCCAUGGUUUUGGGGACUGGGGGAGGGCGGAGUUGGGUGGGAAGGUUCCUCUUUUUCUGUCCCCUUGGCCCCAAAGGUCCCCAGACAUCCAGCUGGACCCUUAACCUUCUCUCUUCUCCCUUCCUCCUCCUGUCACUGCCCCUGAGGUGUUGGGUGAAGGAGAUACAGAGAAGUGGGAUGAGCUGCUUUUGUUGCCUUUGUAACGUCUUUAGCAGUAGUUCGAGCUCAGAACCUUCCUGUGGGCUCGGAACCUUCCUCUAUCAAUUUCUCCUCAAGCGAUUUCCUUAGGUAGUCUUUAAGCCCAUCACAAAUAAUAUUAUAGAGAUAGAAGAGUCCAUUGAAAGGGAAAAAAAAUAAAGCAAUGCCUUUAGGACUUCGGAAUGAGGUGAUCCUGGAAAGUCGUGCUGACUUUGUUUGUACAGAGGGAGCUUCCCUGAGAGUCAGUCUCCUCAGGAGAGUGUGCCACCUCCCCCCCUUCCCCACCAACAGACAAUGACAUUCCACUGAGAUUUUCCAAUUAGAUCCCUUCCAAUUCUUGGUCUACUUUUCUCCAGGAGAAAUUGAGUCCUGGAAAUGUGAGGUGCUCACUGCACCACCCUUCUCUGUAAUUAUAAAGGAAACUUCCAGAAACCAGGAUUUCGGGACUCCCACACCGAUUCCGCCUCUCCCACGGCGUCCUGGUUCUGAUUGACACUGGCCUGACUGGUGACCCGUCUCUGUGCUGUGAGCCGCCGUGCUUGCUCCCAGGAGUCUCCCUCCCCUGCUGCUGCUGGUUGUUCUCUCCCUGCAGUCCUCCCGGGAGCACAGCCUGGCCUAGCUGGUCCCUCUACCCCUCACCAACCGCCGGAGGCUGGAACCCCACGUAUCUAACGUCUGUGCAUGACCGAGAUGUGACUUGCAGCACUGCAUGGUGUUUGGGGACACAGGAUGUCCGCGUGGAAAUGAUACCUUCAAUUUCACUGUGCUUUCAUCCUCUGUACAAAAAAAGAAAAAAGAAAAAAACACAACAAAAACAGGCAUGGUCUGGUUCUCCUGCUUUAUGUUCUUUAGGUUGUCUUGUAAGAAACAAAGAGAAAAA